AUGAGUUUUAACUAUGAUUUCCUAAAGCAAGCGAACACUGAUUCAAAUUCUAAAGGCGUUGGAUAUUUCAAUAAUUUAGACUAUAGUAUAUGCUUUAGAAAAGAGCAAUACUAUUGCUCUCUAACCUAUUCGGUGCCCAACACUUCCGCUGCAACCCAUUCAGACCAAGACAACCAAUUCUCUAUACGUGACUCCGGUAUUAAAGCUGGUGAGGCGGGUGCGGGUGCUGUCAAAUGUACUGAAGACUAUUUACAAUUAAACGGAAUUCGCUUUUGUGGACAUCAAUUGAAUAAAGAUGCUUUACAUCAGUCAACUGUUAGUGUCUCUGCAGCCUUCACAGAUCAGGGAUUUGACCACAACUUUGUCGCCCAUCAUGUCUAUGGUGUGAUUGUCUUCAUCCAUGGGCUCGUCUUUCAAAGUCAAGUCCUUCUCGAGGCUCGCACUGUCACCUCAUUUGCAUCGACAGUGUCUUCUGCCUCGACAACUGGUAUCACUUCAGAGUAUGGGUUAUGCAUUGGCGGCAGAAAAGAGGACAACAGAUCAAUUCAUGUCUUCACUCGUGAUGUGUUGAGUGUUGACCUGUGGUUCGUAACUAUCAUUAAAGGCCACAAACUGGUGAACCGACUGCUCGUACGGCACUUGAGAGGCAUAGUUGUGGUCAGUAGUGACGGGAACUAUGAGUGCGGGUCUCGGCUGAGGAGGGAAUCCAAAGCGGAAGAAAUGGCCCCCAAAUGGCUGAUUAUGUCCGUAACGAUAGGCCUGUUGUGCAGCAAAUCGAGCCCUCGGAGGGAUUGGAGUCCCGAAGACCGGUCUUAUCAGCGGAUGAAUAGGACUGUGAAAGACAUACGAUCUGUGGGCCUGUUGUGCAGCAAAUCGAGCCCUCGGAGGGAUUGGAGUCCCGAAGACCGGUCUUAUCAGCGGAUGAAUAGGACUGUGAAAGACAUACGAUCUGUUGGGUAUGACUUCGGGAAAGGCAGACCUGUUUCCACCGAAUGGUUCGAUGACUGGAUAACUGGUGUUGAGAUCAGACUUAGUUCUUGA